GUAACAUGUUAGACUGACUCAUACGAACACGAACGUCCUUCACAGAAAAGGAAAUGUUUUCAGAAAUAUCUAGAAAACAUGACGACUUUUAAAUAUUUGAAGAUGCUGCACCUGUCUAACUGUGUUUUGAUGUCAAUGCUGCUGAUGAUCGCUGAUGGCAUUACAGUGAAAGGUCCCUCUGAAACUUUGGUUGUUCCUCUGGGAGGUUCAGUGGUUUUGCCCUGUUUUGUUGACAAACCCUUACUAUCUGAAGAACUGGAGGUGGAAUGGAGAAGAUCAGACACAGAGACUCUGGUUCAUCUGUAUCAAGAUGGUGAGAGUCGGCCAGAGGUCCAGCAGCAGGAUUAUCAUGAUAGAGCUCAUUUCUUUACUGACAAGAUUCAACAUGGAAACUUCUCCCUCCUGUUGAACAAUGUGACAGCUGAAGAUGAGGGAAAGUACAGAUGUAAAGUUUUCAGUGGGCAGGAUUCUGGUGAAACUGUGGUCGAAAUAAAACAUGUUGAGCGUUUGAUAGUCUCGGGAUCAGAUCACUCCAUAUCUGCGUAUGCGGGUGAAGACGUCACUCUGAACUGCUCUGUGGACUCUCGCAUCACACCUGAAGAGAUUGAAGAGCUUUCAUGGAAGAAAACAGAUGAAGAUGGAAUUAUCCUGGUCCUGCUCUACCAAAACAAUAAACCUUUACCCGAAUCAUCACAUGAGCAAUACAGAGACAGAGUUGAGUUCUUCACUGAUGAAAUCUCCAAAGGAAACUUCUCUCUCAGACUGAAGAGUGUCAGAACUGAAGAUAAAGGAGUUUAUAUGUGUCAAGUGUUUGCUGGAGGAGUUUCAGCCAACACAACUGUAGAACUGGAACAACUGGGUUUGUCUGUUUUACACAUAAUGGUGUUGAUUCUCUGUAUCACUGCUGCUGGAGCUGCACUUGUGCUCUGUUUAAUCUACUUCACAUCACAGAAAAAAGGGUUCAUUGUGAAAUAUCGUAAUCUCAGAAAAGUUCCUCCGGGACGUCCAGUGGUUCUGCCCUGUUUCAUUGAUCCUCAUUUACUGAAGAAAGAUCUGAAGGUGGAAUGGAGAAGAUCAGGAGAUAAAUCAGAUUUAGUUUGUCAGUAUCCAGAUAAUAAGAGUCGACCAGAGGACCAGCAGCAGGAUUAUCAUGAUAGAGCUCAUUUCUUUACUGACCAGAUUCAACAUGGAAACUUCUCCCUCCUGUUGAUCAAUGUGACAGCUGAAGAUAAGGGAAAGUACAGAUGUACAGUUUUCAGUGGGCAGGAUUCUGUGUUUUCCGUCAGCACAGAUUUGGUACCGAGACUACUUGAUUCAGUCCUCCGUCUUCACGUGUUUCUGGCCUUUUGUCCAAAUAUCAUCAUGUUUUGUGCUUUUGUGUUCUGGGGUGUUUCUGAAGGAUCUGUGAACGAGACAGUUUGUUGUUGUGCUCUUUAUAUUGUGAGACCUCUAAUGUUGCUCUGGGCCGCUCCAGAUGUUCAAGACUUCACAGGUCACAUUAAAACACUGAUUUUGUAUCACAGUUGCGUUGCAGAAUAUGUUUUUCUCUCAGCUGUUAUUUAUUCAGCUCUUUUAAAAUCUUCCUUUGGAAAACUUCUGAAUUAUGCAGAGAUUGAGAGAGUCGUAAUAUCAGUCUUCUUUGGGAUAAUGUUUCUGUACUGCCUCUGUAAAAUCAUUUACAUUUUAGUUGCAAAGAUUGGACAGAAACGUGGACGGAUAUUUGACAUAUUUGAUGUUGUGGUUGAUCUGAUCUUUGAGAUUCUGCCAAUAUUACAAUUCAUUCUUCUGUUCUACAUGUUUGGAUCAGGCAGAGCAGGACUCAUCAUCGUUGUGCUUUUACCAGUGAUGCUAAUAAUGACAAAUGAAACAAUGUUUUAUAGAUGCUACUACAGGCUCGGCUUUUCACUUUCGGUCCUCAGAACAGUGCAGUUAAUAUUAAUGUUUGUGAUGAAUGCAGUGAUGAUGGGUUUUCUCAUCAUGACACUGGAAACUGAAACAGAUCCUAUUGGAUGGGCCUGUGUGAUUGUGUUUCUGCAAAUACUCUGGACAAUUUUGAAGAUGACAGAUAUAUCUAACGUAUUUGUGCGUCUUUCUCUGGAUUUUCAUCGUUUUGUGUCUGUGUAUCUGUUUGGAUCAGUUGGUGUUGUUUUAAUAAGCGCUGUUGCUCUGAUGACAGAACUGAUACUGAAAACAGUUAAUGGUGAACGUGCUGUGAUGGAUCUGAGAUUCGUUCUGUUUCCCUCUGAAACUCUCUUUGUCGUGUCUCUGAUGAUUUUAGCAAUGUUUCCAUCCAUGAUUCCCAAAAUAUUAAAGUGUCUGCAGUCUUGUCAGGAUAAAGUGAGGUGUAAUAAAACAGACACCAGAUCACAACAAACCCAAAGUCCUCAUAAUGCAGCAGGAUCAGAUGAAACUCCAGGAACCAGAUCAAACCAGAACCAGAACUCAGCAGAAUCUCAUGAAACUUCAGCAUUGACUGGAGGAGAUCUUAAAGAUGCAGAUGAAGGACAGAGGUCAUGUGAUUCAGUGGUCUGACACACACAGUAAUAAGAGAGACAUAUGCCAUGUGUAUAAUCUCAUACUCAGAGUUUAUGAGCAGUUAAAAUGAGACACUCGCUGUUCUCUGAUGGUUUAGUUUUAAUUCAGCAUGUUGAAUUUUGAUGUUUAUUCACAGAAUCUCACAUGUUGUACGUCAUCUGGGAAUUUCUUGUAUGUUUUACAUAUACUGAGGAUUUGGACCCGACUCCAUUAACACACUAUUAGAGAAGUGUGCAUGUUCAGAUAUGUGUGUAUAUUCAGUGUUUAUGAGAUCAAUCCCACACUGGGACUGUUUGCUCAAAUUAUCAUCAGUGCUGACAGAACCUGAACCUUUACUUUUAUUGUUUUAUUUUACUUUUUGUUUUUUUAUUUUUUAUGUAGAUGCAUUUUUUACUCUGGAGUGUUUUUAUUAUUUCUUGUGAUUUUGUUGUUUUCAUAUGUUUUAUGAAAAUCUGUAAAUAUUGUAUUAAUAUAAUAUUGUAUUGUCAUGUUGACAGAGUAGUUCUGUCAGUUCAACAGUAUUAAUGAAACUGAACAUUUCUUUAAUAUCAACAAUCUGUGGGAUCAUUUUAACCUAAAGAAACUUCUUGUGAAUCAUCUGCAGCAUUCAUGUGGUAAUCUGAUCGAUCUUUGAGUUUCAAGAACACAAUUGUGUUGUGUAGAACUGUAAUGUGAGUAACUCUAUAUUACCCAUCCAAACAUCUAAACAUUCAGUUUUCUGCUCAGAUCAUUUAUAAUAUAAACAGCUUGAUUAAAUGUAACAUUACAUCACCUGCUGCAAUGUGUGUUCAUCCUAAUGAAAUGCUUUGCAAAAUAAAAUUAUAAUAAUGUUUGGCAUAAUCAAGUGUUGCAAAGGCAAUGUUUUU